AUGUUCACUGGGUAUCCGUUCCAAGGUCAAGGUCGGGUAAAUCAGUUAGGUGGUGUCUUUAUCAACGGCCGACCUCUGCCCAAUCACAUUCGUCUAAAGAUUGUAGAGAUGGCUGCUGCCGGAAUCAGACCUUGUACGAUAAGUCGUCAACUAAGAGUGUCGCAUGGUUGUGUAUCCAAGAUUCUCAACAGAUAUCAGGAGACCGGCAGUAUUCGACCAGGGGUUAUUGGCGGAUGUAAAACUCGAGUGACCAAUCCUGAUGUGGAGCAGAAAAUAAAAGAAUACAAAAAAGAAAAUAUAGGUAUUUUCAACUGGGAGAUCCGCGAUCGUUUGAUAAAGGAUGGAGUGUGCGACAAGAAUUCUGCACCAAACGUAAGUUAUAUUAACCGAGUUCUCCGAGGUGAUAUGCAACCAGAUGAUUCGAAUGACUAUUACAACAACUGUGAAGGAUACAAGAAGGCGGACCACAGUAUUGAUGGAAUUCUGGGUGGUCCUACGAAUAAUGAAGAGUCCGACUGUGAGUAUGAACCGGGCAUUCCGUUAAAGAGAAAAGAAAGACGUUCCCGAACUGCUUUUACUGAAGAACAGCUGGAAUAUCUGGAACGUACAUUCGAAAGAACUCAGUACCCGGAUGUGUAUACAAGGGAAGAACUGGCCCAAAGAACUAAGCUUACUGAAGCUCGUGUCCAGGUUUGA